AUUGGCUGCGGCGGUGCCUCGCGGGCCGGUGGCUAUGGAGGCGGCGGCGGUUGAUGGUUGACCGUUGGCUCCAGGGUAGGGGUCGCCGCUCGGGCGAUCGCUCAGACCCGACUAGAGUGCGCGGGCUGCUGACGCUCGGCCUGGAGCCCGGGGGCGAGAUCUAGCUCGGCUCCGCCAUGCCGGCCGGGAGUAACGAGUCGGACGGCGUCCUCCGCUAUCAGAGACCAGAUGAAGAAGCUGUGGUGGAUCAGGGUGGGACCAGCACAAUUCUCAACAUUCACUAUGAGAAGGAAGAGUUGGAAGGUCAUAGAACUCUGUACGUUGGGGUUCGGAUGCCGCUGGGCCGGCAGAGCCAUCGGCACCACAGAACCCAUGGCCAGAAGCACCGAAGACGAGGGCGGGGCAAAGGAGCCAGCCAGGGGGAGGAAGGCCUGGAGGCCCUGGCCCACGACACACCAUCUCAGCGUGUUCAGUUCAUUCUUGGCACUGAGGACGAUGAGGAGCAUGUGCCUCAUGAUCUGUUCACGGAGCUGGACGAGAUCUGUAUGAAAGAGGGAGAAGAUGCCGAGUGGAAGGAGACAGCCAGGUGGCUGAAGUUUGAAGAAGAUGUUGAGGACGGAGGAGAGCGCUGGAGCAAGCCUUAUGUGGCAACCCUUUCAUUGCACAGUCUCUUUGAGCUAAGGAGCUGCCUUAUUAAUGGAACAGUCCUUCUGGACAUGCGUGCAAACAGCAUAGAAGAAAUUUCAGACCUGAUCCUGGACCAGCAAGAACUGUUCAGUGACCUGAAUGACAGCAUCAGGGUUAAAGUACGGGAAGCCCUUCUCAAAAAGCAUCAUCAUCAGAAUGAAAAGAAGAGAAAUAACCUCAUUCCCAUUGUUCGCUCCUUUGCUGAGGUUGGCAAGAAGCAAUCUGAUCCACAUUCCAUGGAUAAAAAUGGUCAAACUGUGUCUCCUCAGUCUGUUCCAACUACAAGUCUUGAAGUAAAAAAUGGAGCCAAUUGUGAACACAGCCCCAUGGAUUUAACCAAGGUGGACCUUCAUUUCAUGAAGAAAAUUCCCACUGGGGCUGAGGCCUCAAACGUCCUGGUUGGAGAGGUGGAUUCUCUGGACCGCCCCAUCGUGGCCUUUGUGAGGCUGUCUCCAGCUGUUCUCCUCUCAGGCCUGACAGAAGUGCCCAUCCCAACAAGAUUCCUGUUUAUCCUGUUGGGUCCAGUAGGGAAAGGUCAGCAGUAUCACGAGAUUGGCAGAUCCAUGGCCACCAUCAUGACAGAUGAGAUUUUUCAUGAUGUGGCAUAUAAGGCAAAAGAGCGAGAUGAUCUCCUGGCUGGGGUUGACGAGUUCCUAGACCAGGUGACGGUGCUCCCACCAGGGGAGUGGGACCCCUCCAUUAGAAUCGAGCCACCCAAAAACGUCCCUUCCCAGGAGAAAAGGAAAAUGCCUGGUGUUCCAAAUGGAAACGUUUGCCACAUAGAACCGGAACCACAUGGGGGCCACAGUGGGCCAGAACUUCAGCGCACUGGGCGGCUCUUUGGGGGCUUGGUGCUGGACAUCAAGCGGAAGGCCCCCUGGUACUGGAGCGACUACCGGGAUGCACUCAGCCUGCAGUGUUUGGCCUCCUUUCUGUUCCUGUACUGUGCCUGCAUGUCGCCUGUCAUCACCUUUGGGGGAUUGCUUGGAGAAGCCACUGAGGGACGCAUAAGUGCAAUUGAAUCCUUGUUUGGAGCCUCCAUGACUGGGAUUGCCUAUUCCUUGUUUGCCGGACAGGCUCUCACCAUCCUGGGAAGUACUGGGCCAGUGCUUGUGUUUGAAAAGAUUUUGUUCAAAUUCUGCAAAGACUACGCUCUUUCAUACCUCUCCCUGCGAGCUUGUAUCGGACUGUGGACCGCCUUCCUGUGCAUUGUUCUUGUGGCAACUGAUGCCAGUUCCCUUGUCUGCUACAUUACCCGCUUCACUGAAGAAGCGUUUGCCUCCCUGAUUUGCAUUAUUUUCAUCUAUGAAGCAAUAGAAAAGUUGAUUCACCUAGCAGAGACCUACCCCAUUCACAUGCACAGCCAGCUGGACCACCUCAGCCUGUAUUACUGCAGGUGUACUCUCCCAGAGAAUCCAAACAAUCACACCCUGCAGUACUGGAAGGACCACAACAUCGUGACAACGGAAGUCCACUGGGCUAACCUGACCGUUAGUGAAUGCCAGGAGAUGCACGGAGAGUUCACGGGAUCUUCGUGUGGCCACCAUGGACCCUAUACUCCGGAUGUGCUCUUUUGGUCCUGCAUUCUCUUCUUCACCACCUUCAUCCUCUCAAGCACCUUAAAGACGUUUAAGACAAGCCGCUAUUUCCCAACCAGGGUACGCUCCAUGGUGAGUGACUUUGCUGUUUUCCUCACUAUCUUCACAAUGGUGAUUAUUGAUUUUUUGAUUGGCAUCCCAUCACCAAAGCUUCAAGUUCCCAGUGUGUUCAAGCCAACAAGGGAUGAUCGAGGGUGGAUUAUUAGUCCCAUUGGUCCCAAUCCCUGGUGGACUGUGAUAGCUGCAAUUAUCCCAGCUCUUCUCUGCACUAUCUUAAUAUUCAUGGACCAGCAGAUCACAGCUGUCAUCAUUAACAGGAAGGAACACAAGCUCAAGAAAGGCUGUGGCUACCACCUGGACCUGCUGAUGGUGGCCAUCAUGCUGGGUGUCUGCUCCAUCAUGGGCCUGCCCUGGUUUGUGGCUGCAACUGUUUUGUCCAUCACCCAUGUGAACAGCCUCAAACUGGAAUCUGAGUGCUCUGCUCCUGGAGAACAGCCCAAGUUCUUGGGCAUCCGAGAGCAAAGAGUGACAGGCCUUAUGAUCUUUGUGCUGAUGGGCUGCUCAGUCUUCAUGACAGCUAUAUUAAAGUUUAUCCCCAUGCCAGUAUUGUAUGGAGUCUUCCUCUACAUGGGAGUAUCCUCACUGCAGGGAAUUCAGUUCUUUGAUCGCCUGAAGCUCUUUGGGAUGCCCGCAAAGCACCAGCCAGACUUUAUCUACCUUCGGCAUGUGCCCUUGCGCAAAGUGCACCUCUUCACCCUAAUCCAGCUGACCUGCCUUGUCCUGCUCUGGGUCAUCAAGGCAUCUCCAGCUGCCAUUGUCUUUCCAAUGAUGGUUUUGGCCUUGGUCUUUGUCAGGAAAGUCAUGGAUCUCUGUUUCUCUAAGCGAGAGCUGAGCUGGUUAGAUGACCUCAUGCCUGAAAGCAAAAAGAAGAAGUUGGACGAUGCCAAAAAGAAGGCCAAGGAGGAAGAGGAGGCCGAGAAAAUGUUAGAAAUCGGGGGAGACAAGUUCCCCUUAGAGAGCAGGAAGUUACUAAGUAGUCCUGGAAAGAACAACAGUUUCAGAUGUGACCCCUCUGAGAUUAAUAUAUCUGAUGAAAUGCCUAAAACCACGGUCUGGAAAGCUCUCAGUAUGAAUUCUGGAAACACAAAGGAAAAGAGUCUCUUCAACUAAAAGUCUUUGCUGGGAUGCAAGAUUUGGGCCACGAGGUGCCUCAGGGGAGUUCUGGUCACAGAGAAGAUGGUGAAUCUCUCAGAGAAGAAGCAAGACCAAGUCUGGCCCUGUCCUUGGUCAUGUCAACGCCAUGCCGAAGCAUUGAGUUAUUCGUGGUGUGCACUGGAGGACAUCCAGCUACCCCCUUACCAGCAGCCAGUCACCAGAUGUGAACGUGGCAGCAGAAGACCAGCUCCUGUUGGUACUUGUCUUUCUUCUGUUUCUCCUCAGAACUGCCACCAUUGAAUACCCAGCUUCCCACUUUCCAGACAUUUUCUCUGAACCUCUCUGCUGGCCUGCCGAGCCAUAUGGAUCCAUUCUGCCACUGAGGAUUCCUUCAAAGAGGUCCCUCUUCCUAAGGGAUGGAGUAGGGGAGUAGGAGGAGAGCAGAGAGAAAAGGGAAGGCUCUCCAGUCCCAUAGUAUCUGCAGGCUGCUAGGCAGCCCUGGGCCUUGUUUGAUUGCCUACUCUGGGGGAUGCUGGUCAGACCCAGAGGCUGUCAGGAGGGUUUGCUCAGCGACCUGGGCGUUGGCAGUGCCCACCACCAAGCCAGAAGAUACCUCUGGCCCGGGUGCAUCUUCAUUGCUUCCUAGCAGCAGGCUGCAUAACUCCGUGAGAACCUUGGAUAGUGAAAGGGCCAAGAGGGACGCUGGAGUUGUUUAGCUUCAACAGGAAGCAGCUCGAGGGAAAUCAGUUACGAUAAGUGAGGAUGAGCAGCCUCUCUUGGUUUCAUUGAGGACAGAGUAAGAGAAUGAGCUGAAAUUGCCACAGAAGGAAAUAGUUUAGACACCAGGAAGGACUUCCUCGCCUGAAGAUUUGUCAUAGUGUCUGAUUUCUAGAUCUCCGAGAAAGGUUUGAUAAGAGUUGUUUGUGAGUAGAAAGGGAUUUAAGGUGUUUUUAUUGCCCUGUUGUGGAAACAUUCGUGUCUUGCUGCUGUCUCUUGAGGACACAUUCUGAUUCCAUUCCUGGAGAGAUCCAAGUGCUUACGUAAUGUCUCCUUAGCUGCCUUAGUAGCGAACCAUCAAUGGACCAAAACCACCUUCAGCCAUGCGGUUUCUUCAUCAUCAUAGAUUUCUUUUGGUUGAUACAUGUUCUGCCACUCAGAUGUAAAAAGCCACACUGGGAAAUGAACUGUAAGUGGUGACAUUAAUUUUGGUAUUUAGUUUAAAACUAAUUUAUGGUUAUUCUCUUCUCUUCUCUGUUGCAAUAAUAUCAAGAAUUUGGGCUCCAGUGUGUAUAGACUUUCCCUUCCUUUGUGCACAGAAUGUGACUAACAAGUAUGUUGGUACCCAGGGAAUACGAUCAUAUCAGUUUUCCAUCCUGGAAAAUCUUUGUACAGUGGGACAUUCCCCCAGUGUGCUUUCCUUUCAUAGAUGAAGAGUUGGCUAUAUCACUUGAUUGAAUUUUGCAUUCCUUAGACUCUUAAAAUAUAUUAGUGUAUUCUAGUCUUACUCUAAAGAUCUUUGAUGUUGAAGGAAUCCUGCAUUUCUUUCAUAUUUCCCUAUCUCUUAGAGCCAUAAUUAUUUUCAUACGCAGAUGAUUUUCAAAAUAUUUAACAACUGGUACAGGACGGAGACCAACCACUCAGAACGGAUGCCUGCUAUAAACAAGCAGUAGGUAUGGCCUUACCCAUGCCUACUGGCUGAACGUCAUGCUGCUUUCAAAUAUUAAAAUGAUAUCCCUUUGAAUUGUGGAUAUUUUUCCUGGUUUGUCUGAUUUCUACUCACAAGGCUGUUUUAGGGACAGCCUCAGCUUCCUUUCCUAUGGUGCAGACAGGAACAGGAAUGUGUUUUUGAAGUAUACGGGCAUUAAAAUCUUUGUGAGCCAAAGCUUCACAGUUUAUCACUUUAGGAUAAAUGUAAUAAUUGUACCCAUUUACCUACCUAAUUCAGAAAAAUUAAAAGGCAGCUUUGUCAAAGAGAAAGCUUUCUUGCUGACUUUCCCUGUCUCUCUCUGGCUGCUUCCUUGAACUUGCCUCUUUUUUCAUCUUUCUUCCGUGAGAACAUCCCCCCACUUUCUUCCUCCAUCUUGCCCCUCCCAUCUUUUCCUGCCACCUCUGUAGAGGGAAGUUGGGGACUGCUUCACCUGUUUCCCUAGCCUCAGCGUGGCUGGAAGGAAUGUAACAGAGUGAGU